AUUUUUUUAUCUGUCUAGGGGGUCCAAAGAUAUCAUCAGUUGACCUUGGAUAUAUAAUAACUAGAAUAAUAAAUAAAAUCUUUAGCUUCCUUACCAACCAAGUGCACAUUACUAUAACACGACUUCAUCGCUCCCUCAAGAUCCUUUAAUUUGAUCCUCCUUUAUUUGUUCUUCGUCUUCUCGAAAGUCUGAUUAAAUUCGACGACGCCGAUGAGCACCAACAUAACGGAGGCGCACUCUAAGCCGCCGUUUAGCGGAUACGCCUAUUACUCCAUCGGCCUAUCCGUCGGAAUUCUCCUUCUCUUCGCAUUCAUCACCGUGAUCUUGUACUUCUUUUCCCGCAGAAUCGCCAUGAAUUCGACACAACUGUCACGAGUUCGCAACGCAAGAGUUGGCUUACAGACCAUUAGCGUCGGAGAUGCUCCGGCGACGGACAGUCCGCGAUUAGGUGUGGAUGACGAGACGUUGAAUAGUUAUCCGGUGUUGUUAUACUCAGAAGUGAAGCGUGACCGGAAAGGCGGCGCUGCCCGUGGUGGUGAUUUUGCGGCAACUUGUUCGAUAUGUUUGGGGGAUUUCAGUGACAGUGACAGGUUGAGGGAGUUGCCGGAUUGUCAUCACUUGUUUCAUCAGAAGUGCAUUGAUAUGUGGCUGAGGAUGAACUCUUCGUGUCCGUUGUGUCGGACCUCACCGCUCCCGACGCCGGUUUCAACUCCGCUGGCCGAAGUUGCUCCCUUGGCAAGAUCCUCAGGGGCUUGAGUUUGUAUGUAUUAAUGUUUAAUCAUAGGUGUCGUCCAAAUAUCGUUGUUCCAGCAUGAAUCGAUAUGAAUUGAUUUUUUUCCCCAAUUUGUAGAGUAGUGUUUUGUAUAAUUGGAAUUUUGUAACGUCUAGGUCAUGUUAGAAAAGCCUAAUACUACAAAUAUAUAUUUGUUAGUCCGGUUAUAAAUAUAAGACCCAUUUAUAA